UUAAAUGUAGGCAGCGUGAGUGUUGCCUGGAGGUCAGACAUCCAUCACUGCCGCCUGAUGCGGAAUGGAGCCGUCACCAACCCAUCUGUUGACCGCCCGGCUCAAUGUGAUUCGCCAAAACGCUUAAAAUCACGACGUUCAAUCGCAAAAUCAUCUCCUCCGCUCCCUGCCUGGACUGCGUAUCGUUGUUUCUUUGUGUUAAAAUCAGAUGUUAUAAUCUGCGGGCUGAUCAGAUCGAGACUGCGAACAAAGAGCAGAGCUCCGAUGGAGUAAAAACCAGCCGAUUCCACCUUAAAUGUCAUUUGCGUCUGUGGCGGAGACCUAGGCGCCAUCUUCGGUCCACCUUAAGCGCACAAUGUGGCCAACGAACGAAAGCGUACCAGCCAGGCUUCCGUCCUCAUUCUCCAGCCGGGGGAUCGCACUCUGGCUUCCCAGCUUUGACACAGCGUCACUUGUGAAACAGCAGAGGGGGAAGAAAAGACGCACUUGGGCCAAACCCCACCAGCAAGAGAAGAUGUCCGAGCCCAAUAAGUACCGAGAGUGGAUCCUGGAAACAAUCGACUCUCUCCGCUCGAGGAAAGCCCGUCCGGAUCUGGAGAGGAUUUGUCGAAUGGUCCGGAGACGACACGGGUCAGACCCGGACCGAACCAGGACAGAACUGGAAAAACUGAUUCAAGAGCAGACGGUGCUCAAAGUUAGCUACAAGGGGUCCAUAUCGUACCGGAAUGCGGCGAAGGUGCAGAGGAAAAGCAGAAAGAAGAGUGAGUUCACGGCCGCUGGCGGCAGCAGCAGCAGCAGCAGCGCGGAGGCAGCGAGGGAGCGGACCAAACACGACCAUCUGAACAACAACGGCGACAGUGCGCACAGCUUCACCGACCAGGAGGAGGGCGAGGAGGACUCGGAGCCCAGCCCGGAGCCCCACACCCUAACAUCGGCCAGCACCACCGACAACAAGCUCAAGCCUGCCUCCAGCCCGAGUAGCGGAAACGGGUGCCUCAUUUGUGGCGCAACAACGGGCUGCGCUGUCGGGAGCGGCUGUGAAGGGGAGAAAGCAAGUGCACCGAGAGACAAGGGAUUAGGACCGCAGGGAGCGGGGGACUGCCCAUCGCCCGCUCUGAGUCACAGAACAAGCGCACCCGACAGCGGUGAUGCAAGCGGGAUAACACCGAGCACCGCCGAGGCAGCUCCUGGAGAGACGGAGCCGCGUUUGUCAAGAGAUGACACCCAGGACAAAACUUGCUCAGGGAGCGUCAGCAACCUCCCGCAGCAGCAGCAGCAGCAACAGAGACAGAAGCAGACUAUGCCCCUUAAGCCCAAAGUUCGAGUCGGAGGAGGGGGAACCAGAACAGCGGGGAACCACGCCAACUCCGACCUGGGCGACAGAUUGGUGGCUUCUGUUCGCAGCCUGUCCGAGAAAAGCACCCGAGGGGGCUCCGCCGCCGCGACCAGAGGCCACACGAAGCCGCUCGGGCUGAAGGAGAUUUUGGGCUUUCUGAGCAGCCAGGAGCGGCUGUCGGAGGAGAAGCUGACUCGAGGCAAAGUCAAAGUGGUCAUGGAGAGAGAGGUGGCGAGGGGCAGACUGCGCAGGACCCGCUGCGGGAACAUUACUCUUCCUCUGAGGGGGGUGGUGGCGGAGGAGCCGAAGAAUGCGUCCGCUGACAGACUUGUAAAGAGCGCACUGCAGGACGAGCACGCAGGGAGAAAGCCGCCGUCCCCCUCUCUCCCGGAGAAUGAGCCGAUGGAAACAGCCAGUGAAGAGGAGGAACGGGAUGAGGAAGAGGAGGAAGAGGAGGAGGAUCCCCGGAGUUCUGAUGAGGAGGCGGGAGGACUAUCCCCGGUAGCCAUGACUACCGAACCAGAGCUCAUUGAGAAAACCACAGAAGAAGUUGAGAUCCCAGAGCACGAGAGCCCUCAGCAGCAGCAGCACGGGGGCAAAAGGAUGUGCGGGCUUGAUUCCGUCACCAGGACGCCACGUCUACCUGUUCAGGGAGCUUCGCUGUCACAAUGUAACAGCGCACACUUGGAGGACAGAGCUGUGGUCUCUGAUCAGCUACAUAUGGAGGCACAAAGCCAGAGGCAGCAUGACAGAAUCAACCACAUCUCCUCAGACCUCAACAGCUUGGAGUCUAAAACGGAAGUCGGCGUGUCGUCCUGCCUGCUCACACCCACUGCGUCUCCGAGAGACUCCGGCACGUCUGAGGAACGAGGGAUGGACGGAGGAGGAGGAGGAGGAGGAGGAGGAGGGUUUAUGAAGUCUGAGGGGGCCAGUGGGGGCCCAGUGGACUGGACAGUGUCUGAUGUGGUCACUUAUUUCACAGCAGCAGGUUUCCCUGAACAGGCUGCUGCCUUCAGGACCCAGGAAAUCGAUGGCAAGUCUCUUCUCCUCAUGCAGCGUAACGACGUAUUGACUGGCCUGUCAAUCAGACUCGGGCCCGCCCUCAAGAUCUAUGAGCGUCAUGUAAAGGUUCUGCAGAAAACACACUUUGAGGACGACGACUGUUAAUGACCGUUAUGUCUGUAUUUACGUAUAGCUCAAGUAAUCCUAUGAAUAUGCAUGCAUGAUAUAUACGCUUCACUUCUCAUCUCAUGUCAAACAGCACACACACACACACACACACACACACAC